AUGGAGAAGUCCGAUGAGGCCGGUGGCCUGCCUGAGCUUCGCUUGAUGGUCUUUCCCAAUCUUGGGGAUCUGGACGGCCUGACGAUGCGUGAGCAGAAGGCCCGCUACGAGGCGCGUUUCGCAGAGGGACCGGUGAGUGGAGCCAUCAAGUUCAAGGUUGUGACAGAGACUGGCAGCCGACUGGAAAUCAAGUUCAACCUCUUUAUCGGUGACGUGGUCCAGGCAGCGAGCACAUGUUUUGGGCACUGCUCUUGA